GACCAUUGCCAUUCGGUCACACUGGUUCUGCGUAAAACUAUAUUUUAGCUUUGUGACUUUGAUUAACAAUUGAUAAACGAAAGCAACAGCCCCGACGGGCAGUGAGCACAGCACGGCAAAGAUCCGGACUAAUGGCAGGCGGCCACGAAAUGCGCGGGUCGAAAGGCAGCAAACGUCAAAACGCCAAACUAGAGCAACUGCAACUGUAACUGUUAACCCUUGGCAGGGUAGCAGUGGUAGUGGACGAGGGGAAGAGUAAGAGAGGUGGGGACGCUAAGAGGAAGAAGAAGAGCACAUCUUGAAUUCCGGAGCCGAACGCAAUGGAGCUACCAUCUACUCCGGUGGUCCUAAAGCCCAUGCCAGCAUCGUCGUCAUGCCUGGCGGAUAGGAACCCAGUGGAUCCCAUUACUGUCAGGUCGCAGGUCGGUGGCGAGGAAGAGGAAGAAGAGGGAGGAGAGGAAGACGACGAUGAGGAUGAACCCAAGGAGGAGGAGGCCUUCUAUGAGGCGCGCAACGGCAACGAAAGCGAUGAACUGGAACAGGCUUUCCAGAGUGCUCUGACUUUGACCAACGAUGUUCAGGUUAGUGUUAGCGAGGUUGAGGACCACGAUAUACCUUUGGUAUCUGGAAACCAAGACGUCGAGGAUCCACAAAAGCUGGGGGCUUGCGCGAUGGCACAUUUAUGUGAUGAAUCGCCCAAAGAAGAAAAAACCCCAGAGUCCAAGGAGCCCAGGGAACCCUGCCAUCAGACCCUGCUUUCCACCAAGUCCUGCGAGACGCCUGCCAACAAUUCCACACUCUCGCCUACAAAUUCUUAUAAUGGCAGCAUUGGUAGCGAUGGGGGCAGUAGCGUAGGCGGUGGCGCUCGUCGGAAAUCCUGGACACUGUCGCCUCAAAGCGGCGGCUCCACACCUCUCAGUGGAGCCAAGAAGAAGACCAAGGCGGGUGCACCGGCCAGCACAUUGUCGAACGCAAACGGAGAUGGCUUUAAUCUGUGGGUGGCACGUGAGUGCUUCGAAACCGUUCCCGCUGAGAUGGUGGAUACUCUAAGCAUGGCUGAAGUUGAUGAAGAGGUCGAGGAGGAGGAGGACGAGGAGGCGGCUGCCGUUGAAAGUCUUCUAGGAGCCGCAGCUGCUCUCCAAGCCAGUGCCCAUGUUCAGCGCCGUCAACAGCAGCAACAGAAGCAACAGCAACAUCAUCAUUUGCGACAGCCCUCGCCGCCACAACAUCGUCCGCUGGAACGCUCUUGGCCACCUCGAGCCGUUGGUCGGGAUCUUAAACUUCAGGGCGAUGUCUUCCAGUUCGACAUACUGGACACGGAUGAGCGACUGGCCGAGGAAAUGGCCCAGGGUAGUGGAAGUUCCAACAACUCUCCCCUGGCUACACCACCCAUGCGGUUUAAGCCCCUGCUUAAAAAAAAGAUCGGACCCGAUAGCUACAUCAACACCAUUAGCACACAAAAGGUGCCGGUCCACCAGAGCUAUGAGUUCCCAACCUUCCCAAGCUCCUCGAAUGUUGGGCCAUCGUCCGCGUCGCCCAACAGUCUCCAAUUUCCGUAUCUGCGUCAGCAUCGUCCGCUCACCCGUGCCCUUUCCAAUGGCAAGGCUGGAUCAUCGGAGGAGCAAUCCUCUCCACGUCUGCUACUCUCACCAAAACGUCCGAGGAGUCCUCCCUCGGGCUGCUCUACGCGCAGUGCCUCUCCCCUGGAUCUUAGCUUAAGUCCGGAACAGCACUCGCCUACCAGAGGCAGGGGAGUAGGUGGAGCUCUUCAAGAGGUGGUGCCGCCAGGAACACCAACAUUUCAUGGCCAGCGACCUCAACAACGACUCCUCAAACGUGUGGGCGGUGGAGCCGGAGCUAGUACAACAGGAGGGGUUAUUGCGUCACCAUUGGUAUGUCCACCCACACCUACUCACCAUGCCCGACGGCAUGCCCGCCUCCAAGCCGUCACUGCCAACUCCAGCCUCGCCAGCGUAGGAGGGAUCCCAUCGGAUCCCCCAGCAGCCUCUAGUCAAUUGGACUACAUCUACCUGCAGGAUGGUAGCCAAGAGCAGGGUCCGGAGCCGACAGACGAAGUGGUGCACAUUAGCAGUACCCGCUUGCCCUCCAUUCCGGAACGCAGUGCUGCUGCAGCAGCAGCGGCAGCGGCGGCGGCAGCAUCAACUGGUGCGGCUAUUUUGGAACCCGGAUCGGGUACAGUGUCCGGAUCUUGCGGAGCUGGAGCUGCGGGAGAGCCACCACUUCCACCCGCUUGGGAGGCGCGCAUGGAUAGCCACGGGCGGAUCUUUUACAUCGAUCACACAACGCGAACGACCUCCUGGCAACGGCCAGGAGCGGCACCGAGUGGUGGGCCAGCAGGAAGGGAGCAACACCAUCGCCAGCAGCUGGAUAGACGGUAUCAGAGUAUCCGCCGCACCAUUACAAAUGAGAGUAGAGCUGCGCAACUUUACAAUCUACCACCCUCUGCCAAUAGCAACGGCAACGCCGCAGCUGCAGCUGUUCCUCCACCUGCCUCGGCUAUCCAUCCUGCAAUUCUGAUGCUCUGCCGUCCGGAUUUCUAUUCCCUGCUGCAUACCAACGAAGCUGCUUUGGCCAUCUACAACCGGAAUGCCGCGCUUAAGCACAUGGUCAUGCGCAUCCGAAGGGAUCCACAGUGUUUCCAGCGGUAUCAGUAUAAUAAGGAUCUGGUAGCGCUGGUUAACACUUUUGCCCAGAUGGGUAGGGAAUUGCCCUCCUGCUGGGAGACCAAGUUGGAUCAAUCGGGCAAACAGUUCUUUAUUGACCACCAACACCGCCGCACCUCAUUCAUGGAUCCUCGUCUGCCGGUGGAGUGUCCACGUGUGGUGCGCCAUCGCCAGCAACAUACGCAGCAACAGCCAGGUAUGGGCUACUACUACCCAGAUCUGGUGGAUGGCAACUGCCUUUCGGCCACCAGUGGUCAUAUUAGCGCCAGUCCUGGAACCUCUGUGUCUGGAGUGCCGCCCUUGCCUCCGCCGAGGCCGUCGUCGUCAUCCUCGUCCAGGGGUAGUCAUGGACAUGGUCACAACUGCACCACAACGGCAGUCAUCGCCUGUGGUCUUAACGCAGACCGAUCAGCAUAUGGUGCCGUUGGAAUAACAGGAGCAGGGGCGACUGCAGCCGGAUACGAAGAUGUUCCCAUUGCCUACAACGAGAAGGUCAUUGCCUUCCUGCGCCAGCCGAACAUCCUGGAGAUCUUGCGAGAGCGCCAGGGCCAGCACACAAUGUCCCGGCCGCUUCGUGAAAAAAUCAAUAUACUCCGAGUGGAGGGUGUUCCAGCUCUCGAGAGAUUGGGCCAUGACCUACAACUGACAAUUUUGCUGAGCCUGUUCGAGCAGGAGAUCAUGAGCUAUGUUCCUAUUGAAGAGCGCAGUCCACAGGGAUCGCCAGUCCUGAGCUCACGGAUGCCACAGCGGGCGCCGCCACCAUUCCGACGGGAUUUCGAGGCCAAGUUGCGCAGCUUCUAUCGCAAAUUGGAGUCCAAGGGCUAUGGCCAAGGACCACACAAGCUUAAACUGCACAUCCGUCGUAGCCAUUUGCUAGAGGACGCCUUCCGUCGCAUCAUGUCCGCCAACAAGAAGGACCUGCAACGCGGACGUCUUGCCGUACUCUGGGACACGGAGGAGGGUUUGGACUAUGGCGGUCCGUCCCGCGAGUUCUUCUUUCUGCUCUCCCGCGAGCUGUUCAACCCAUACUACGGGCUGUUCGAGUACUCAGCAAAUGACACGUACACGGUGCAGGUGUCGCCUCUGUCGGCGUUCGUGGACAACUGCCAUGACUGGUUCCGCUUCAGUGGCCGUGUUCUGGGAUUGGCUCUUGUACAUCAAUAUCUAUUGGACGCCUUCUUUACGCGACCCUUUUACAAGGCACUGCUGCGUUUGCCUGUGGCGCUCAGUGACUUGGAGUCGCUGGACAACGAGUUUCAUCAGUCGCUGCAGUGGAUACGCGACAACGACAUCGGCACUGGCGUGGAUCUCGGCCUGACAUUCUGCGUUACUGAGGAGCUGCUCGGCCGUGUGGUGGAGCGCGAACUGAAGCCGGGCGGCAAGAAUAUAAUCGUCAAUGAGAAGAACAAGAAGGAGUACCUGGAGCGCAUGAUAAAAUGGCGGCUGGAGCGUGGAGUUCAAGAGCAGACAGAGUCACUGGUGCGUGGCUUUUACGAGGUGGUCGAUUCGCGACUCGUCUCCGUUUUUGAUGCCCGUGAACUGGAGCUGGUGAUCGCAGGCACCGCCGAGAUAGACACGAAUGAUUGGCGCCUCAACACGGAGUAUCGUUCGGGCUACCACGAUAACCAUCAGGUGAUCGUGUGGUUCUGGCAGGUUAUCGAGCGCUUUAGCAAUGAGCAGCGACUGCGUCUCCUACAGUUUGUGACUGGCACCUCGAGCAUCCCCUACGAGGGCUUCUCGGCGCUGCGCGGUUCGACAGGCCCAAGGCGAUUCUGCAUCGAGAAAUGGGGCAAGCCAAACGCCCUGCCCCGUGCCCAUACCUGCUUCAACCGGCUUGACCUGCCACCCUAUCCCACGCCCGAACUGCUCUACGAGAAGCUGCUGCUGGCCGUCGAGGAAACCAACACGUUCGGCAUCGAGUAGGCACGUGAUAUUGCACCUCAGCCUCACUUUGUUGCACCCACACCCCGAAACGCUUUAUUUCGAUUUUAGAAGUUUUUAUAAAUUGCCUAAGUCUAGAUAGUCGCAGGUGUUGCAGAAGUCCCAGUCGUUUGAAAGCCAUUAGUUGGGUUCUUAGAAGGCGGAAGAAAUCAAAACCAAAUCUUAAUUCCUAAUCCUUUUAAGACACCUCAAUUUGUGUUUCAAUCUGCUAGAACUUCUGCUACACUUGUGAUCGUACUGUAGUUAUUUAUAUACGUAGGUUACCCGUCCCCUUUAAAAAGAAAAACAAGAAAAGCCUAGCCAUAGACAGACUUGCUACUUUAGGCAUGGCAUCCCAUUAGUUCGUAGGAAAAUUGCCUUCGCCUUCGUUUGCCGUUUGCCGUUCACCGAAUGGAAGUUACCUCAAGAGCAAAACGGCUUGCCAGCGCCGCCAGUCAUUAGUUCUAAGAUCUACACACACGACCCAGAAGGAGGAUAACUUCUAAGCCUAAACAUCCUUCGCUCGUCUCUGCCUGAUUUACACUCGAAACGAUGCCAACUGCCUCUAGAAAAAUGUAUGAACGAUGCUAAAAUUAACGCUGCUCCCCUUGCAGUUUAGCAGGCUCCAAAGAUUAAGAAAAAUAGAGAGAGAGAGAGAGAGAGAGCAGAGGCAACUCUACGCCAAUACUUAACUAGCUUAUAAUGUUGUCUUAGCCUUAACUCGAAUUCCAACUCAAAUUUCGAACACUCCCUAGAUGUGUGCAUUCCAAAUAAGCGUACUGUGGAUGUCAGUUAUUAUAGCAUAUAUAAUAUAUAUAUAUAUAUAUUUACCCAUCUCCUUUAAUCCCAAAAAAAAGUAUGUAAAUUGUUUUUGAAUUUACAUGAUAACAACCUUGAACAGUCCGUAUAGAAGUUUUCAUGUGCUUACCUGCCUGCCUGACCGCUCUGGCCAGGACAGGCUAAAGGCACAUCCUAGCUCCGAUCGGGUUUAUACGGUUUAUUAUAUACACAAAAAUUGGCUGCUGUUUUGCCAACGAUUACAAAUUGGUCCAGUGCGUUGCUUCGGCUUUAUUGGUUCUUUCGGCGCAUAUAAUUAACGAUAAUAUUGAUUAUAUUUAACGAAAAAGAAAAACAAACAAACAAACAAAAUUCAAAAUGUAGCUAAAUAAUUGAAAAAAAAAAAAGAAAAACAAAAAGGUUUUUAUGAUUAGUAUUUAUCGAAAGCGAAAACGAAAACGAAACAAAAGGAUAAACUAAAUGGUGAUUUAUUUACAUGUAUUUUUGGCAUUAGUUGAUACGGAAAGCGACAGAGACGGAGAACCAGAAAUGGAGAGAGACAGAGCGAUAGACAGAGCUGGAGUCACUGAAAGGGACAGAGAUAGAAUGAUAUAAAACGCUUUUUGAACUACUUAUUGAUAAUUGAUGAUUGUUUUAAUGAAUUAUUACUGUGCGUGUAUUUAUGAACAAAUUAACUAUAAUUAUAAACAAAUAAAUGUGAGCCUUUUACUUCAAAAGCAAA